AAAAACCUCUAUCAAAUUGUUUCAGUCGUACUGUGGUCCUUUUCAUUCAUUUAUGUGGAGAGCAGUAAUGCACGUCGGUGGCCUUAUGAUCUCUAAUCUGGUAUAUAUUUACCAUAUGGAGGAUAGUAAUUUGCUGGGAAUGAUGAGGAAGGGUGCCUGGACUCAACAGGAAGAUGAUAUUCUGAGGCAGUACGUUGAAAAGCAUGGAGAUGGAAAGUGGCACCAGGUUCCUCGCGAAACAGGUCUAAACAGAUGCAGGAAAAGCUGCAGACAGAGGUGGUUGAACUAUUUGAAGCCGAAUCUCAAGAGCGGAGAUUUCACAGAGGAUGAAAUAGAUCUAAUCCAUAGACUACAGAAACUUUUGGGAAACAGGUGGUCAAUAAUUGCUGGAAGACUCCCAGGAAGAACAGCAGGCAAGGUAAAAAAUUAUUGGAAUAGCAAGCAACGAAAGGAGUUGGAAUAUAUGAAGGAUAAAUCCAAAGAAAGAACAAAAGCCACAUCCGUCAUAAGACCUCAACCACGGAGAGCUAGAGUUGCAAUUUUUCAAUCUGAAGAGAACUGUAGCAGGUUAUUACAGACACCAUCACCACCUACAGAAAACGCUAUUGAUUCAUGGAAGGCCAUGUUGCAUGAUACAGACAAUGUUGAUGGAACACCAUUUUCUAGUUUAGGGUUAGGGGAAGACCUCUUCACAAACUUUUGGGUUGAAGAUAUUGCACAGUCGACAAUGGUAGGCAUGAAUUCUGCUGAUGAAGGGUUACACAUGAGUGGCAACUUUUCCUUUAGAGAGAACCUUUGGAAUCUAGAAGAAGAGAGAACUAAGAUUUAGAGGUCCCAAGUCUCAAGCAAUCGUCGAAUUAGUUGUACUUUGCAGACAAUGUACAUACUUAAUUAGUAAGUUCCUAUAUGUGUGUUUCAACU